CGCUGGAGGCUGCGGCUGGGAGGCGGGCUCGCCUGGCCGGGACUGGGCGCUCGCUUUCCGCCUGGCCUCGUCCUGUCUUCCCCCGCCCGUGGCCGAAGCGCCCGCCCCGCCGCCUGAAAGUUGCCGGCCGCGCCAGAAACCCGGACUUACAAACGCAAAGCAGCAGCAGCAGCAGGAGCCGCCUCCGCCGCCGCGCUUGGCUCGCGCUCCGCAGGACGGCACCGAGAGAGCGGGGCCAGGAGGCAGCCCGAGCAGUGGGGCCGGGGGUCUGCCCUUGGCUUGGCCCGCGGGCGCGCUUGCCGAGCGAACCGGAGAGCCAGUUGCUGCGGGCUGGCCGGCCCCGGAGAGCUCCGGGCCCUGGAGUGAGGCGGCCGCCAGCCCUCCUCCUCCUCCGCGCGCCCCCGCCCGCCCCAGCGCCAUGGCCGGCGAGCUGAGUAUGGGCCCCGAGCUGCCCACCAGCCCCUUGGCCAUGGAGUACGUCAACGACUUCGACCUCAUGAAGUUCGACGUGAAGAAGGAACCCCUGGGCAGAACCGACCGCCCGGUCCGGCACUGCACGCGCCUCCAGCCGGCCGGGUCGGUCUCCUCCACCCCCAUCAGCACCCCCUGCAGCUCGGUGCCCUCGUCGCCCAGCUUCAGCCCCACCGAGCAGAAGACUCACCUGGAGGACCUCUACUGGAUGGCCAGCAGCUACCCGCAGAUGAACCCGGAGACGCUCAACCUCACCCCGGAGGACGCGGUGGAAGCCCUCAUCGGGCCCCACCAAGUGCCCCAGCAGCUCCAGAGCUUCGAGAGCUUCCGGGCGGCCGCCGCCCACCACCACCAUCACCACCACCAUCAGCAGCACCACCACCACCAGUACGGCGGGAUCACCCACGAAGACCUGGCCGGCCCGGGGCACCAUCACCCCCACUCCCACCACCACCAGGCGUCCCCCACCCCCUCCAACGCCUCCAGCUCCUCCCAGCAGCUCCCCAACACGCACCAGCAGCACCCCUCGUCCGUCUCCUCGUCCAGCAGCGUGGAGGACCGCUUCUCGGACGACCAGCUGGUCUCCAUGUCGGUGCGGGAGCUCAACCGGCACCUGAGGGGCUUCACCAAAGACGAGGUGAUCCGUCUCAAGCAGAAGAGGAGGACCUUGAAGAACAGAGGCUAUGCCCAGUCUUGCAGGUACAAGCGGGUCCAGCAGAAGCAUCACUUGGAGAACGAGAAGACCCAACUCAUCCAGCAGGUGGAACAGCUCAAGCAAGAGGUGACCCGGCUGGCCAGAGAGAGAGACGCCUACAAGCUCAAGUGCGAGAAACUGGCCAGCAAUGGCUUCAGAGAGGCCGGCUCCACCAGCGACAACCCGUCUUCUCCCGAGUUCUUCAUAACUUUAUCCUGGACUUUGCAAAACAAAGGGAUGGGCCCUGGACAAGCCAUCUAGAAUAUCUGCUUUGGAGUUGUUUUUUAAAGGAAGAAAACAAAACGAGGGAGAAUGCACAAAAUGGAGAGGGAAAAAAAAGUAAAGCAGAGGACAAUAAAUGCAAACUCGUAUAUUGCCUGCCUUGAGAGACAGAAUUCAGAUGGGACAUUUCUUGCAAGAGAGGAAAGGGGAGACCAAGGACUCUUCUCGGUUUCAUUGCCUGCUUGAUUAUAUAGGGGAAAAAAUACAAAAAAAAUUCUGCAUUAAAAAUAUUAAUCCUGCAUGCUGGACAUGUAUGGUAACUUCUAUUUUGUACCAUUUUUUUCUUGUUUAACUUUUCGCAUGUCGUUGAUCAUCGACCAUAGCUCCCCCCUCCUGUUGUUAUUGUGUUUUGUUUUGUUUUUCAUUGAGUAAUACUAUGUCACGAGUUAUCUCUCUAUAUAAAAGCCCUCUUUCUAUUGCUCGUGCAAUUGUUUGUUCCUAUUUCUCUUUCUUUUCUUGUUUUUAUUUGAAAAGUUGGGGCCCAAUCCACUUGGAAGGUCUCCAGCGCGAGCUCCGGGUGGCAUCUAAUGGGGCCUCCGCGCCACAGCACCAGGAGUGGAUUGGGCCCCCGGGUCUAGCUUGUAAAUAUCGGCCACUUCCACCCGCACAGCGGAGGGGGGAAAAACAAAAACAGGAGAACAUUUCAGCAGGCUGGUUAUCGCUGGUGAUGGUCGUUCCUUAAGCAAAACGAUGACUUACCAAUCAGUCAAUAAGAAUCCUGGGCAUUUUGCAUUCAGAACGCAACUUUGUAUAUUUGGUGCACUUUUGAAGUUGUAACUUUCUUUAUAAAAAUUAGUUUUCAUUUUGGUUUUUGUUGGUUUGGGGCACAGAAGGUCAAGCCUAACCUCGGCGCCCCCCUCCCCCAUAACUUGGAAGUCAAACCUACCGCAACUGAUGGAAUAAAACUCCAUUGGACUGUGCUGGACUUCAGUGUCUGAGGAUGCAGAAAGGGGGGGGGGUGUUUAAAAAAAACCAAGACAGCAAGUUAUUGGAAAAGUCAGUGGGCCAGCUCCAUGUUGCUUCUACCCUAGACGGCCCACCUCUCUACACCAUUUAUCCUACACUCAGGAAUAGGAGGGAGAGGGCAGAAUGUGCAAUUAGGUACCCCCCCCUCCCCGACCCUGCAACAAUUGGCUGCUUCAUUUCUUUGAGCUGAGAGAUGCCAGCAAAUUCCAGAAGCAGAGUCCUUAACAGCUCACCUGCAUGAGUUGUGAUUGGAGUUGGACUGAUUGGUGCAAAAAGUCUGAAUGAAUUUUGAAUUAGGGGAGGGGGGGCUGAAACCAGCUCCUUUUAAACAUGCCUGCUUGGAGGGGCGUACUUCCCCCUCUCCCGUGCAUUCUUUUGCAAACUUUAAUUUGCUUCUUUGUGCAGCCAGUGAUAGUUUAGCCAAAUUUGUUCACCACUUGGUGUAGUAAUAAUAUUUUGAAGUCUUUAUGUUUCCCCUCCCCCCUUUUUGGGGUUUUUUUUUUGUGUGUUUCCUCCUGCAGGUCAGUAAAAGGAUUUUACGUUGCACUGACAAAAAUACCAAAAUGAAAACUUUAUUUUUUAGUUUCCUUUUAGGGAUUGCUGGCACUGCUGGCCGGAUGCAUUUUAAGUUUGUAUUAGUUGAUAAAUUAACAGUAAUACCAAGAAUCGUAAUAAAUGAAGAGCAUGGUGCUUGCCGUUUUAAAUAUUGUGGAUAUUAGUCUUGCAUCAGAAGAAAAAAAAAGACCCCUUGAGCUUUUGGGUUUUUACGGAUUCAACUGUGUUGAAGUCGCAACAUUGCAGCAGCAGAUUCUUUUUAUUUCAUGUAAAGUUCUGAAGGGAUCAAUUUCAAAUCCUGCUUAUGAUAUGGAAAAAUAUUAAAAGAAAACCUCUUGGUCUUAUUGUAGUUUUA